AACUGGUUUUCGGCGCAUUCAAGUAUGAAACAGGAGGAAACUUUUUGGUUCGGUUUAGUGAAUCUUCUGUGGUAGUCAUUUGAAAUGAAUGUAAAUUAUUAAGUGUAAUAUUGAACAGCUUUACGUGAAGUGAUAACAGGCGUUUUGUUUUUAAAUGGAGUCGGAAAAGAUGUUUUUCCUCCUAGUAAAUCGAAUCUACACGUAAGGAAAACACUGAAGUAUUGACAACCUUAUACGUGACAACAUUUACAAACAAACACGCAGGAAAGGCUAAAGAGCUGAAUCUGCUGUGAAGAUGGAGAUGGUUAAAGAGGACAGUGAAGAUAUGAGUGAUGCAGAAUCAUGCAGAAUGGAGGAUGAAGAUCCUGAAGAACAAACAGACCUGCUGGAAGUGAAAGAUGAAACUGAAGAGCAAAAUGAAGUGGAGGAAGGUCAGAAACCUUAUCAUUUAAUGCCUGGAGAAAACUCCUGUAGCUGCUCUCAGACUGAAGAAACAGAAGAUAAUAGUCCCUACGCCUGCCCAGAAUGUGGAAAGACGUUCACCUGUAAAAGAGACCUGAAGAGGCACAUCAGAAUCCACACCGGAGAGAGACCGUUCACCUGCGCUCAGUGCGACAGGAGCUUCGCAAACUCUGGAGACCUGAGGAGACACGUGCGGAUACACUCCGGCGAGCGGCCGUUCAACUGCGCUCAAUGCAAGAAGAGCUUCACACAGAAAGAAGGACUGAAAGAGCACGCCAAAAUACACUCCGGAGAGAAACCUUUCACAUGUCUGCUGUGCGGGAAGAGCUUCACACAUCACAACAGUCUGAAGAGACACAUGAAGGUGCAUUCUGGAGAGAAACUACACCAGUGUCCUGAGUGCGGCAGGAGGUUUGCUGAAGCGUGCAACCUGAAAACACACCUGCUGUCACACACUGGAGAAAGACCCUUCAGCUGUGAGAAGUGUGAGAAGAAGUUUUUCCUGGCCGUGCAUUUAAAGACACACAUGAGGAUUCACGAGGACGAGCGGCGAUACGUGUGCUCAUUCUGUGGGAAGAGUUUCCUGUGGCUCAAUGGCUUUAAGGACCAUCAGAAGACACACAUUGGGGAGAAACCCUACGUGUGCCUGGAGUGCGGCAGCACUUUCAUCAGACCUGGAGAAUUAAAAGUGCACGAGCGCAUCCACACUGGAGAAAAACCCUACAAGUGUUCACACUGUGAAAAGAGCUUCACAGUUUCAGGGGCCUUGAAAGUGCACGAGCGUGUGCACACUGGAGAGAAGCCGUACCUCUGCCCUUCCUGUGGGAAGACUUUCAGCAGAUACGGAAAUCUGGGGAAACAUCUGAAAAAGGCCUGUCCAAAGCUGAAACAAUGAGCAUAAAUAUUCAGCUUUAAGAACAGGAGUGUUCAAAAAUACUUCAUGCUUUUAUACUUGUACUGGCGGUUUCAGAUUCACUAAGGCAUUUUCUUUUUUAUCCACUAUGUUUUAAGAGUGGGACUUUUAUUUUGACGGAGUUAAAACUAAUUCCUAUUGUCUAGCAUACAAUGCUACAGUUAGAUUUUCAUGCGAUGCCUAUAGUGACAUUCAUUUAAAGUCUUGUAGACUUUUUAAUAAGCAUGUAAAGGCAAUGGCCUCACAGUGCCACUGUCUGUCUGUCUGAAGGAUCCCAGCACUGUGAGAAUUGUUCAUCUCAUAGUGUAAACAAACACUAGCUGUAACCAGCCAAUCAACUAGCAUGAUCAUUAACACCAGAGUUGUACUUUAUUAGUGUUAGUAAAGUUAGUUUGUUUAGUUGACUCAACUCUAAGCUCAUAUAUAGUUCUUAAUGCGUUGUCUACUGGUUAAAAAUGCGGCUUUCUGUAUAUUUCAAUUUAAUAAAACUAUAAAAUUGGUUAAACUAAAAUUGCUUAUGUGUCAUGAAUUACGGAUAAUCUGAAAUAAUUAUAAUAAAUAAACUUCUCUAAAGUGCACUUCUCUAACUUCUCAUUUUGUGCACAGCCAACUGGUUAAAUUUCAGUUUGUGAUUUCUAAACCAGAACAUGUCCUGAACAUAUCCAGAACAUAACCUGAACAUAUCUAAAACCAGAACAUAAGCUGAACAUAACCUGUACAGGUCCAGAACAUAUCUAGAGCAUAACCUGAACAUUCCAAUAACACAUGGAGAACAAAACCUGACCAUUACCAGAACAUAUCGAGAAUAUAUCCUGAACAUGUCCAGAACAUUUUCAAAACAUAACAAAAACAUAUCUAAAGCAAAACCAGAACAUAUCCAGAAUAUGUGCAGAAUAUAUACAAAACAUAACCCUAACAUAACUAGUACAUUUCCAGAACAUAUUCAGAAUAUAACCUGAACAUGCCAAUAACAUCCAGAACAAAACCUGAACAUCACCAGAACAUAUCGAGAAUAUAUGCUAAACAUGUCCAUAACAUAUCCUGAACAUAUCUAAAACAAAACCAGAACAUGUCCAGAACAUAUCCAAAACAUAACCCGAACAUAACUAGUACAAGUCCAGAACAUAACAUGAACAUGUCAAAAAUCUGAACAUUAAUAUCCCAAAUGUAACCUAAACAUGUCCAAAAAUAAUAUCCUGAACAUAGCCAGAACAUACUGUAGCAUGAUGACCAUAACCUGCCCUGGAGCCGAUUUAGCUGCGCGGUAUAAGUUACCAUGGCAACCAAGAAUGAUUAAAUCCCAGCUACAAUCAUGGUAUCUAAAAUCCAGGAUUGGUUCAUACUAAACUGAAGCAUAACCAGCUAAUCCUGCUUCAUGGUACUGGCUUCUGGACUAUUAUUUUUAUUAUGAAAAACAAAACUUCAUUCGUUAAGCUUGAAGUGUCUUAAGACAGGUUUACUUACUGAAACAUGCCAGUUAUGCCCUGCACUUACAAUCGACGGUUUUGGUGAAACAGAUGCUGAUUUCACUGUUUAUAUGUAAUAAUAUAAAUAUAAAGGAGUUAUUGAGCCUCAAACACUCCUCCUUAUUUAAAUCUUGUUUGAGCAAAGGACCACUAAAAAUAUGUAAAUUCGCACAUAACACUAACUGUGGCGUUACACUCGAGGAUCAAUAACAUGUAGGCUAUGCCAAAAUCCCUUUAAGGGUAUACUGUAGUCUGUGGCUAAUUCCUGAAUAUUUCUCGACUAUUGAAGUCAUUUCUGUUUAAAUUAAACUUUAAUAUAACAACACAACGCUAAAGUGCUACUACAGUAACAUUAACCUUGGCUAAUAAGCUAACUCCAUCUAGCAUAGUUAAAUAUUAUUUUUAGGUUAUUAUUGAUUCCUGCCUGUUUUGUCAAAUACAUCUAAUUUAUAAAAUACAAACUAUAAACUACUGCAGUGGGCAGGGACUCUGCAGGGGGCGUGGCCUCAGCAAAAUCACACUACAUUUGUUAAAAAAUUGUAGAAAUUCGUCAACUAUUGCCUUAGUAAUGCACUUGUAAUGUAAACAACAAUGUUGAUGAGGAUCAUGUAUUUCUAUUUUAAUCUAAUAUGUACUCUAAUCAGUUUGGUCAAAUAAUUUAAGUUGUACUGCUAAAGUAUGAUUAUUUCCCAUGUUUAUAUUUCAAGUAGUGCUCCUGCGUUUAUGCCAGACAGUAUAUUUCUAUUUGCUGCGUAAACUAGUCAGUGAAAUGAGCCGUGCACAAUCAGAGCAGAGCUCAUUAAUAUUCAUGACCCUUCCAAAUAAGGUAAAAGCAGAGUGUUUUAUUCUAGGGGGAAAUCCUAGGGUCGUAAAUGCACAUGUAGAACUAUUUCUGGAGACUUUUUGCACUUAUCUAAACCACAUAGCUUCUGUGUAGAAGUUAGAGAACAAUUUAACAUGUUGUAUAAAUGCAUUUUAUGACCCAUUCAAUGGUAAAUCAAGGUGACAGGGCUUUUGCGGGUGAAAAACAUAUCGUUUUGUUAAGAAAUUCCAUUAAUGCAUAUUUAAUGAGAAAACACUCUUCAAAGAUUCUGGUGGUGGGCAUUUGGAGAAAAUUUACAGGGGGGGGGGGGUAAAUUUAAAAUAAUAAUGGAAAGCAUUAUUGUGUUAUUUUUUUUGCCGAGAGAUUGGAGAAAAUCUGCUGGCUAAAUGGGAAACUUGUGGGUUUUUCACCUAAAAGUUGCAUGCAUGUAACUAAAGUUUUGUAGAAAUUGUUGUAGAUUUUGUUUCUUAACAAAGGUAUACUUAAAAAAGUUUCUUUUGGUAUACUUAUUGUUAUGAAUUGUACACUUUUUCAGUGGUCAAAACCAAAUACAGCGGUAAUUUUUUCCCUUUUCAAACCAGAAAUACGUGCCAUUUCUUUUAUUUUCCUUUCAGUUCCAUAGAACAUGCCAAAGAUAUUGUUUUCCUAAAGUUUGAAUGUCUGACGAUCAAAUAUUGAGAUUAGAAAAUGUCUUAUUUGUCUGAAUAAUUGCACACAACAUGUUUUGUUUUUUUUUGGUUUG